UGCUCAGUUGCACAAUGGCGUGUGUUUGUGAUGCUCAUAGCUGUGGAAGCUGUUUCUGAGCGGGGACCGGCCCAAAAGUUGGCCAGUCCGGAAGACGGAGACGUUGUCGCUAGGGUCAGACGAACAUCCCUCGUUUGUACAGACGGUCAAAUUUUGGAACGAUAUCCACUCAGGAACAAGCUAUUACAAGGAAAAGGAAGAAACCUGGCGUUCCAAAGCACUGUCGAUGUGAUUGAUAGAAGUUACACCGGAUACUGACGCCGAAGUACAAACCAGAUGUGGAACUGCACAGAUAAGCUCUAGUGUUUGAAGAAAGAAGGAAACGUGUUAGUGAAGAGUGCGCUUUGCAAUUUACGGCCCUAAAGUUGUAAAGUGGAAUACUGAAUUAGUGCAGCGAUUUGGCAUACCCGCAAGUGUUGUAAGUGUCUCGCGGGAAGAGAGGUACGUGUGUGACUGUGCGUUAUCAAAGAAGUGAAAAAUAGUUUGACAGAAGUGUAGUGAAUUUAAAUCAAUCCCGAUGCAAGUUGAAAGACCUACAUCUAUUACCCUCCUCCACCUCCAGCUGACGAGGCAUAAAGAUGAACAGAUUAUUCCAGAAGAAACUUUGCAGCAGCGACCACAACAUGACAGUGGUCUUGUUGGAGGUCCUGCUGUAGUUGUCGGCGAUGGGGACUGUGAUUUGCUUAAACCUGGGACAGACCAGUUACCUUUUCAACAGCAACAACAGAAAGAAACUGUGUGUGAAAAUCAGUUGUAUCCAAAUCUAAAACCGUCAUCACCUCUUCCAUCUUCAUCACCAUCGAAUAAACAAUUCUCAGCCUCUCUUCUGGGUAAUAAGUACCUGAUGUUAGAAUUGGUAGAAGGGAGCACGCUCUUCAGAUGUGUCAACGUUCAUACAAAAGAAGAAUUGGUGUGUAAGGUGGUGCGCCGUGAGGCAAGCGGCUUGCUCUCAGCCCACUACAGGAUGGACGCUCACCCACACGUCAACGCCCUGCGUGAGGUGCUCCUGGGAAAGCGGUUCCUCUACCUCGUGUUCCCACCAGCUCAUGGAGACUUGCAUUCGUACGUGAGGCUUCGGAAGAGGCUGCGGGAACCCGAGGCUCGAAGACUGUUCAAGCAGAUUGCGGAGACGGUCCGCGCCUGCCAUGAUCGAGGGAUCGUGCUCCGUGAUCUCAAGCUCAGGAAAUUUGUGUUCUCCGAUGCUCAGAGGACCCAUUUAAAGUUGGAGACUCUAGAGGAUACUGUUGUUCUGGGAAAUCCAAAUGAUGACCUUCUCCAUGAUAAGCAUGGCUGCCCUGCAUAUGUGAGUCCAGAGAUCCUUCGAAGUCAUGCCCCGUACUCGGGACGUGCUGCUGACAUGUGGAGUUUAGGAAUUAUACUUUACACAAUGCUUGUUGGAAGGUAUCCGUUUAGUGAUACUGAACAUGCUAGCCUCUUUGCCAAGAUCACCAGGGGUAAUUUUAUCAUUCCUGACUGUCUAUCUUCACGAGCCAAGUGCUUGAUCCGUAGCUUGCUUCGACGAGAGCCCAGUGAACGUCUAGUAGCAGCUGAUGUACUGCUCCAUCCAUGGCUCACCCGUGAGGAACCGUUUGAAACAACUUUGCGUGGAGAUCAGAUAGUACCCAAGUGUCAGGCUAACGCACAAUAGAUCAUUGAAGGUCGCAGUGCAAGGGCCGGAUUGUAUGGCCCACCCCUUAACACACACACACACAACACACGUACGUGUCAGGCUAAAUGAGUUGUUCAUCAGAAAAAAAUUUUGCAGCACUUCUUAAUUAAAACAGGCUCGUGAGAUGUACUUCUAAGUCGGGAUGUGGACUGCCUGGGACAAGCUGCAGUAUUAUCAUAUCAAGAAAUGUAGUGGUCUGUUGGCAGUACUAAGCUUCCAUCAAUAUUAUUACACCUGAAGUUCUUCCACUGUUAGUCAUUCAGUAGAACACAUCACAAAUGAACCAUCUUCAUAACACUUCAGCCGAAAGCACUCGUGUAUUAUACCUGGACCACAUUCUUUAGAACUUCCAUACCUCGCUGUGUCAGUUGUAGCAUUUCUAAGUCAAAGACCACGCACACCAUCUCCAGCACUUCCAUGUAAAAUCAAUGACACUGCUGAGUUUUACCACUGAUAGACGUUUGGAAGUAAUGGCCUGAAAUAUUGUAGCACUUUGAAGUCAGAACAUUGUAAAGUGCAGCAAGAAACCUUACAAGCACUUUGAUUACAAUCGCAUGUUCUGUUACAUUCACAUUACUACCUUCAUCACACAUUCAUUGAAUGCCAGUAAGAUAGCAUGCCUAUGCAGCAGUCUUCUGCUCGUUGACCUUACUGUGGUAAAGCCCAGAUAAACUUCUUGUGGUGUGACAGACAUUGCAGAUGGUCUUCUGUCUGGGUGAUUGCAGUGUACGGUCAAGGGACAAAUUGACGCAAGAUCUCACAGUAGCCAAUAUGCCACAUGCAAGGUUACUGGCAUCCACUAAAUUUAUUAUUGAAUCUUCCAGAAGGCAUUUUAUGUGUGUGAUUGCUGUGUUCAAAAGUGUUAUUGUACUUGUGAUUUUUGGAUGAUGAUGCAUUCAGAAAUUGGAGCUAAAUUGAAAAUAAAUUGGAGGUGUACCAGUAAAUAAGGACAUAUGUAACAGCCCCAAAUCUGAUGACUAGAUCAUAAUAGAUAUAUCAAUUGAAGACUGAGUACAUGCAGUUUUAGUUCUAUGAAUUAUUUUGAAACAAAAUUUAAGAAUGGUGUAUAUACAUUGCACCAAAGGUCUUGAACUGUUGAAUAUGAGGCAAGUGAAUGAAAAUAAUUCUUCUGUUCAAGUGUGUUAAAUGUUAAAUGGAAAUUCGAAUUUAUAUAAAUAAGUCCUGGUGUUAUGUGCAUUUUCUAUUCUCAUGGAAUUCUGGUCUGUUAAUAGCCAUGGUUUAGAAAAGUUCCAUGUAAUCUCCAUAAGUGAAGCAUGUAAAGCCCUCAGGAGUGAUGUCAUUGUUUCUAUUUGAACUGAUGUAUGUGAAUCAUAGUUUCUGUGUAAAUAGCAUUUCUUGUUAGUGUCUGGUAAAUAUUAAAAAAUAAUUCCAAUAAAUUGUUCAGAUCAAUCGGAAAUUUUUUUUGUUAACAGGAAGGUAUAUAAUAUAACUGAAGAAUGUACCACCGAAGCUAAGAGGGCAUUUUUAUUUUAAAAUGUUCUGUUCUGUUCACAACAAUAUAAUAAAAUGAACGUGCUUUCUAAAA